AUGCCUUCAAGGUAUAUCUUAGCUCCACCAACUUCAACUCAAAUGGAUCACAGCAAGAAAAUCCAGUUCCCUUAUUGGAUCUCAAAGGUGUUGCUGAUGAUUCUGACUUUGUUUGUUAGAGUGGAAGAAGCUGCUUCUACAAAUGAUCGUUUCUGCAUCAGUGACUGUGACACAUGUCCAUUGAUAUGUUCACCUCCUCCUCCUACUCCUCUGAUAUCAAUUUCUGCAUCAUAUCCUCCACCACCAUCACCACAUUCGCCGCCGUCGCCAUUGCCGCCUUUGAAGCCUAAUUACAAGCCGCCUCUUUCAGGUUCAACAACUGAAGCACAGCCAACAGUAAUAUCAGGGCCACAUGACUAUUACUAUCCCUAUUACUACUUUUACUCAUCAUGUUCUUCUUCUCUUUCAAAUCAUCAUGCACCCUUUUUCAUUUUGUUAUUGUUCCUAGUAGGAUACUUUUCUUUAGUUGGUAAAUGA